ACAAGCUUGUAACGAAAGGAAUACAACAAAAACAUGAUUAUGGGAAUUGAACAAGAAAUACACCCAAAACUAUUUACAUAAAAUUAAUUUUAAGGUCAAGCACCGAAAACAUUUUUAUGUUCAUAUUUCUACUUUUCCGUUUAUUUCCUCUUAGUAUAAAAACAAACGAUCAAAAUUAAGAUUGCGCGGGCGAUAUAACACAGUGGCUAUGGACAGCAAUUAACAUAUGCGGUCAAAAAGGGUCUUUCAAAGCCUACUGAAGCUUGAUUUCCUGUGGUAAAGUGAAGCUCUUCAAUCAAACAAUCAGACUUAGACUCACCACAGAUGCCGAUGAAAGAGUGAUGUUAAUGAGUUACGCAAAGUUUGAACUCAAAUAAUCUGAGGCGAAGGCACAAAUACGCCCAUUCUGAGCCCGGAAUAAGUGUUUUUCAUCUAAAGUAAAAUUUAACAGCACAAUGUACUAACCCAAGGAAAGACUGAACAAAAGCAUUAAGUAGGUCAAGAGAAUGCGAAACAAAAUGUUUAAUACGUAAUAGUUCUACUUAAAACGCAAUUUCUUUUGGGAUCAAAAUACAAUGAAUACAAUUCUUCUUUAAGUGAUUGUUAGUGUGUUAAUGAAACUGAUAAACUAGUCACGAAUUUAUGGCAGAAAUACGAGCAUAGAAAUAAAACUUUGACUCACAGUAUAUGUAAAAAUGUACAAUAUUGUUUACCCUCAACUGAAAGCGAAAUUAGUUAAUAAGAGUACAAAACGAGCUCUCCAACGCUACUUCAGCGUAUUUGUAUUUCAAUGUAAAGCUUCCGCUGACGAAUACAUUGCAGUUUUCAAAAAGCUGUUGUCAAGCAAUUGUUAAUUAUUUUUUGAGGAAGUCCGGAUAUUUCGAGUUGUCAUUUGGUAGGCUCUGUGGAGGUCGUUCUAAUAAGAAAGCAUCACGUUCGGAAGCCUUCGAUGUUAAUCUGUUUGCUUGUUCCCAACGUGAUUGGGCUUUCACCAUCCUCGUCAAAUAGCAGUCAAAUUAAAUUCGCAACAGAAAAAAUAGAAACCUGAAGAAGCCAAGAAUGUAAACGGUGUUUAAAACCAAACAUCACGACUGCGUGCAAAUCAAACGAGGAAAACCUACAAUACCAUUCGGAUUUGUUUAAAUUCGUAUAUAGCGAGUGCAAAGUAAAAAUAGGCCAGUUAAAAUCGACUGAGGAUUGAAGAACACAGCAAAACAACAAAGAUCUUGUGGCUGAAUUCACUCAGGUUCUAUUGCAAACAUAUCUACUGGGAUCAGUAACAACAUACCCUGAAGCAGCAAAAAGCUUCAAAGUCCUCCAGUACUAAUCAACAGCAGGGAAAUAAAGAGCAGGAGAAAACAUGUCUGAUAACUCCACACAACCUUUCCAAAGACCAGCGGAAAGAAAUAUACGCGUGGGAUUUUACAUUGCCACGUUUGUCAUCGGCUUGAUUGGAAACCUUCUGGUUUUAAUUGUCAUCGCCGCCAAACGAGCCAAGAAAACAGUAAACGAUCUCUUUAUCAUGAAUUUAGCAGUGUCCGACUUAACACUGAUCUUUUUUCUUCCACUUCAUAUCUAUGGCAUGUUUCACACCAUUCCCGUCAAUGCAUUCUUCUGUCACUUUAUUCGUCCACUCAUGACCGUCUCGUUCUUUGUCAGCGUCUACACACUGACUUCAAUGGCUAUCCACCGUUGUCACGUGAUCUUAAACCCGUUUAAACAGGAAAUACGUCAGAAGUCGGCUGUGCUGUGGAUCACACUGCUAUGGAUUUUGUCGUUCACAAACGUCCUUCCGCUGAUGAUUGUCACCAUACCUGACACAACCCCUGAAUGCCUUGAAAACUGGCCGAGUCUUGACCACAGGCGGGCCUAUACUGUAGCUCUGUUUAUUCUUCAGUACGUGCUUCCUUUGGUCAUCAUCGCAAUAGCAUACGUCAAAAUCGGUUUAGAUCUCAAUCGCUCGUGCUCUCGGCGGAGCGUUAGAACUGCUAGAGCCGCUCAUAGCCUGGAGAACCAGGCGAGACGGCGCGAAAACUUUAAAGUAACGAAAACUCUGGCUAUAAUCGUUAUGAUAUUUGCUGUUUGUAUGCUUCCUAGCCAGGUGGCAUGGAUCCUGUUGGACUUUGGCAAUGAAAAGCAGCAGAACAUGGCCAUGAUAAUUUUUAAGUUUUCUCUUGUUCUCACUGUGUUCCACAGCUGUCUCAAUCCCCUCGUUUACGGAAGCAUCACCAAACAGUUCCGGCGUGGUUACGUGAAAUAUCUCUCCUAUUUUUGUUGCUGCUACAGGGUAUCAAUCUUGAAGGAGCUGAAAAUUUUACGUCCGUUUGAAAGUUCAUCGCAGCAAGGGCAUACAGAUUCAAAACGAGCUCUCAACGGGAACAAGCACAAAACAAAACUUGAAUCAAGGUUAAUCUCCAGUGAAAUAAUCAUGGACACAGUAACUGUACUGUAGAGGUAAGAGAAGAGAGUUUUUCUUUCUAGAUUAAGACAGAAUGAAGAAGAAAGUUGCGAGAAUCAAUAACUUGCCAUCUUGGCCAGCGUCCCAUCCCCUCCACCCCUACUGUCCAUUUUAACUUGAAAAAAACGCCGAUAAACAAUGUUAUAGAGGCGUACAAUAUCUAAAUAUUCUUGUUGAUACAUGGUAUGUCGAUGGGGGCAGUUACACUUUUUUACAGUUCAUGCUAUUUUAAAACGUGUCUCAUCCAUAAAUGUAUAGAGUUUAGACCACGCAUAGGCUACGUUUUUAUUUACGGCAGUCACAUUUUUUUAAAAGGAAAUGACUGCCAUGUUGUCGAGUUAAAUAUUUAUAACAUCAAACAUUGUAGCACUUGAAAGUAAAUGCGAUCCCAAAAUGCUAUUUUGAAACGUUUCGGUAUCUCUGGAUGCAAAAUGCUCUCUUUAGCUUGUUUUUGAUAAUAUAUGUAGGUUCUGAUCAGUAUGUGGUUAAUUUAGUUUAUCAUUAGGUGUCUGGCUUUAAAACGGCAUAAAGCGAUUCAUUCUGACCACUUCUUUCAAUUCUGUUUCUCUU